UAUAUGUGAUCAGGAAUGCAUGCACUCUAAACUCCAUAGAGUCUUGCAUUCUGUAUAUCAUACACUCUUCCAUUCAGUAUAUUUGUGACCGUUUAAUUAAAAUCCACGGAUACUCUAUAUUUCAGAAAAAGAAAUUACUAUUUUUAUUGAAUUUAAAACAUGAUCAUGAAAUUAAAUCUAAACCAUUCGAUCUUAAUCAAAUGACCACAAAUGUAUUGAUCGCAGGACUGCAUGCAAUCUAUAUAGUAAUUAUUUUUUUCCACCCAAACUCUAAUAAAAGCACACACCACACUACACAUUUCAGAAAAUUACGAUCAAAUGCAACCAACACAGCCUUAAUCGCAGUUGCAUUGCAGGUUUAGUGUCAUGAAGAGAACAAGUGAAUGGAAUUAUUCCCAGGAGAUUCCAAGUGAUGUCACUAUUCAAAUUGGUGAAGCUUCCUAUUCAUUACACAAGUUUCCAUUAAUUUCCAAGAGUGGAUACAUAAGGAAGUUCAUUUCAGAAUAUAGUGAUGCUGCUGAAGUUCCAACAAUUGAACUCUUUGAUGUCCCUGGUGGAUCAGAAGCAUUUGAACUAGCAGCAAAGUUCUGCUACGGGAUAAACUUCGAAAUAAGCGUCGAAAACAUCGCUAUGCUUCGAUGCGUAGCAGAGUAUCUUGAGAUGACAGAAGAUUAUUCAGUUGGAAAUUUGGUUGGAAGAACUGAUUCUUACUUGAAUGAAGUUGCACUCAAGAGCUUUUCAGGUGCAAUAUCUAUCUUACAUAUAUCAGAAACACUUCUUCCAAUUGCAGAGAAAGCGAAAUUGAUUAGCCGAUGCAUUGAUGCGAUAGCAUACUUAGCAUCCAAGGAAAGUCAGUUUUGUUCAUCUGGUAGAAGUGAUAGUAGCAAUGAAAGAAUGAAUUCUUCCACUGCAUCUCAACAGAGACCAGUUGUUGAUUGGUGGGCUGAAGAUCUAACAGUUCUCAGAAUUGACAUUUUUCAAAGAGUUCUAGUUGCAUUGAUGGCAAGAGGGUUUAAACAGUGUGGUAUUGGUCCUAUUAUAAUGCUUUAUUCACAGAAAUCUCUCAGAGGUUUGCAGGAGAUAUUUGGAAAGGAAAGGAAGGAGAUUGAACCACAACAAGAGUAUGAGAAGAGGAUUAUUUUAGAGACACUAGUGAGCCUUAUGCCAAGGGAGAAGAAUUCAAUGUCUGUGAGCUUUCUUUCUCUGUGGCUUAGAGCAGCAAUAUAUCUAGAGACAACUGUUGCUUGCAGGUUUGAUUUGGAGAGGAGAAUAUCGAUGCAGUUAGAACAAGCUGUUUUGGAAGAUCUUCUUAUUCCUUCUUAUAAUUCAUUUACCGGAGACACAUCGUUCGAUGUAGAUACAGUGCAAAGAAUCAUGAUGAAUUACCUUGAAUCUGAAAUGGGAAAUCAUUCAGCCUACAAUAAUGCAGCUGAUGAAUAUUAUGCUCCUCCACAAAGGGAUAUUGUUCAGGUUGGAAAGCUAUUGGAGAGUUACCUUACUGAAAUAGCCACCGACAGAAACUUAUCAGUUCCAAAAUUUAUCAGUCUUGCUGAAUUAAUUCCUGAACAAUCAAGAACAACAGAAGAUGGAAUGUAUAGAGCCAUAGAUAUCUAUCUUAAGGCUCAUCCGUUUCUAAGUGAUACGGACAGAAAGAAAGUUUGCAGCAUGAUGGACUGCCAGAAGCUAUCACGAGAAGCACGCGCGCACGCAGCACAAAACAACAGGCUUCCUGUCCAAAGUGUGGCUCAAGUUCUCUAUUAUGAUCAGCAACGCCGUCGCAACGACAUGGACGGCAUUGGCAGUGUAGGUUCGGAAUCUCCUUUGACACCUGAAAAUCGGAAUGUAUACUCAUCUGAGCUUUAUCCAGUUUCAAAUGAGGUCUCAAAAUUAAGAAGAGAAAAUGAAGAACUAAAAUUAGAGAUAGCGAAGCUUACAAUGAAAAUAAAAGAGAGUGAAAAAUGUAAACUUGAAUCAGCUGUUAGUAGUCCUUUAUUAAAUGUUACUUCACCUUCAGCUGAUAAGCCUCCUUUGCAUAAAAAAUCAUUCCUAAACUCAGUGUCCAGAAAACUUGGCCGUCUUUCUCCUUUUUCACGUCAAGAUCCUGUCAUAACUCAUCCCAAAGAUCCUGUAAAACAAGACAAGAUUCGACGCUUCUCCAUAUCCUGAUAUUGUUUAUAUCGUGCAUAAUACAUGUUAGCCAACUACUGGUAAAUUUUGUUGUUGGAAUUCAAGUGUGAUUAGUUAGUCCUACAUUAAAUAGAAAUAAGUUAAAUAAAUGUUAUACAAGACACAUGUGGUGUCAACGUCUCUUGGUAUUUCUGAUCUUUAUCCAUUUGUUGAUUUGAAACUCGCCGACACUUUUUCUAAAUUACUUCUUUAACUAUGUGAGUAAUUGUUUUGUUUACUUAGUAGUACUUUGCUGUAUAGUUAUGUUUGUCUACUUAAUGAUAAUGGGUGUGUUCUGUUUUUACAAUA